AGAAAUUGCGCAUUGGUACAUUGAUCGCCAUGAAACCUGAGAACUUGAGCAAUUUUUCGCAGAAACCUCGAGGAUCAGUGGAAGACUCAACCACUGAAAACAAUUCGCUCAGCAGCGAUUCGGAUAUUGAAGAUAUCAGCUGUGCAAGCGGCGAUCAAAGGAGGAUCGUACAAGGACUAAGGAAGACGAUUAGGAAGAACAACACAAAGAUAAAUGAUCUGGUUGCCAAGUUGACCAUUGCCGAAAUUCAUUUGGCAAAUGAAAAGGAAAAGUCCAAUUACAAAGACGAUUUAAUCACGCUAACCAAGGAAACCAAAGACUUGAGCGUAAAACAAUUGCAAAGUAAAAUUUUGGAGCUAGAAAAUGAACUCGCUUUGAGCAAGUGUCCGGCUUUAAUUAAAGAAAAAGAGAAGAUUAAUGAAUAUGAAAACAAUCUAAGUGAGAAAGACAAGCAAAUCGAAAAGCUAGAGUACGAACUCACCGAAUCCAAAGCCAAAAUUGUUAAAUUGGAAUCUACAAUUCAUGAAAAGGAUGAAGAGCUUGUCGAAUGGAUCAGGAAGACACAAAAAUGUGAUGCCGAGCUAGAAUCCAAAAUUAAAAGCUAUGAAGCAAACAUAAGUGAAAUGAACAAAAAAUUGUCUAAGUUUAACAUAGGUGCUGAAAGUUGCCAAAAUUCGGAUAAAUCCUUUAUAUUUCUCAACGGCACUAAAAUUCCAUCGAUUAGAAUGGUAUCGUUUCCUGAUUUAGAGCCCUUCCCAGCGGUUUUUGAGGAAAUUGCAUCUGCCGGUUCCUGGAUGGUCAUACAACGGCGUAUCGAUGGAAGUGUCUCUUUUAAUCCAAAACAGAACUCGUAUAAAGAUGGAUUUGGCGAUCUAGGAACCGAAUUCUGGCUAGGUCUUGAAAAACUGCAUAAGCUGACUAUGAGCCGUAGAUAUGAGUUAUAUGUUGAACUAGUCGAUUUUGACGAUGCUAGAGCCUUUGCCAGAUAUGAUCACUUUGUGGUUGGAAGAAGCGAAGAAAACUACAAGUUGAUUUCUCUAGGUGACUACUCAGGAAAUGCUGGCGAUGCAUUACGUAGCCAUAUUAAUUGCGCAUUUGCUGAUGAUUGGUGGUGGCGAUCAAGCGAAUAUGAAUGUUUUUUGAACGGAACAUACAAUGGAUUUAAAGUUAAAGUUGACUGGGAUGGUGUUUGGUGGGGUCGUUGGAAUAUGAGAAAUGGUUAUUCUCUUAAAUCGUGUAAAAUGCUAAUUAGGCCAAGGGAUGAAAAAUCCAUCGAGGUGAAUCUUGGACCAAAACACCCAGAAACGUGA